UUUGGGGGCGCGACCUCAGAACUCCAUUUCUCGUAAACCCAAGAGUCGCGUUUUUCCAACAUUCCUUAGAUCAUCCACACAUUGCCCAUCCAGCUUGCCAUGGCCAACAUGGCCCCGGAUUCUGAUGCAGAUUCCGCCUAUGGCGACAGCUUUUUCUCCGACACCACUUCUCUCUCAUCCAGUGUCCUCGAGUAUCAAUACGAGAAUGGGCGCCGGUACCAUAGUUUCAAGGCUGGAAAGUACUUUGCCCCCAACGAUGAACUCGAACAAGAACGCAUGGAUCUCGUCCACCAUGUGCAAUCCAUGGUCUUGGGAGGCGAGCUACACAAAGCGCCUGUCCAGAAUCCAAGACGUAUUCUAGAUCUUGGGACAGGCACCGGAAUCUGGGCCAUCGACAUUGCGGACAAGUUUCCAGAGGCACAGGUCAUCGCCACAGAUCUCAGCCCCAUUCAACCCACCUGGAUUCCUCCAAAUCUACAGUUUCUGGUCGAUGAUGCUGAAGCCGACUGGACCUUUGACGAGCCUUUUGAUUGGAUUCAUAUUCGCAAUAUGGGAGGCUCCAUUGCCGACUGGCCCGCGCUCUUCCGCAAGUGUCUUGACAAUUUGAAACCUGGUGGUUGGAUCGAGAUUGGCGACUUUGAAGUUUGGGGUUCGACCGACGACGACAGUCUUCCGGUUAACAGUGCAUACAAUAGGUGGCAGCACAGCUUGACCGAGGCCGGGGAGAAGAUCGGUCGCACCAUGAACAUCAUCCCCCAAGUCAAGCGAAUGGUUACCGAGGCAGGCUUUGAAAACAUCACAGAAGAUGUCUACAAGAUCCCCCUCUCUCCUUGGCCAAAGGAUAAAAGGCUCAAGGAACUGGGGCGAUACGCAAAUGUACUCAUGACCGAGGCCCUACAAGCCUACAGCCUCGCUCUUUUCACCAGAGUGCUCGGAUGGGAUCAAGUCGAGGUUGAACUCCUUUUGACAGGAGUUCGAGGUGAUCUGCGCAACCUCUCGAUCCAUUUGUACAGUCCAAUACAUUGGGUGUAUGCGCAAAAACCUCUUUGAACAAGAUCGAGCCAAGCAAGCUUGUAGCAACGAUACGAAAAAUGACAUGCCUCGAGUGACGACAUGAUACGACAGGACUAAAAAGAACAUCUGAGCGAAGGGAUUCACGCUUUUCAGAAUUUGCUGGGCACAACCAACUGCCCAUCGUAUGGUCGAUUGGCCACAUACAACAAUGACCCACGCUAUCAAUCAGGAAGGGAUGGGAAUUGGUCGCGCAUGGCACACAAAAGAUCUAGAUCAAGGACUGAAAGAAAGCCGCCGACGGGACACCGCAACGAAGCAAGUGAAGAAAGGCUUGGAAGUAGGCUUCCUCGUUGUGCGCUUUUGAAACAUAUUUCUCCCUCCUUUCCUCACUCCUUGACCCUCAUGUCCAACACCUCCUGAGCCAUUCUCCUAUCCCCUCAAACGCCCAUUUCUUGUCAUCGUUCAAUGUGCCCUCUACCGGCCACGCAGUUCCAAUUCCCUGGCCAAAUACGGUUCUAUAUCGCCACAAUUUAUUGCCAGGGUCCUCGUCCAUUUUUGCGCUCAAAUACCCCACAGUCCAGCUUCCAUCCUUGAUGACUUCCUUACCCGUUACGCUCGCCAACAAAUCUGCCAAUUCAGAGUACGUCACCGUCUGACCAGCAAUAAAGACCACAUCUCGAUGGACAGCGACAUGACUGUCGUCGGGUUUGUCACGAGUGCCAGCAGUAAGAGCAAUCUCGGCCGUCGCUCUGCCGAUGUCCUCUGCAGUGGUGACUGUCAAAGGCGUUUCCCAGCCGCCCACGGGCCUCACACGAAUCCUUUCCCGACCUUGGCCGUCUUCUGGCGGCUCCUUGACCACAACACCCCACGCCUGCUCGAAGAGAAAACUCAUAAACAUUCCACAGGAGAUGAUCUUGUACUUUGUGCGUGUCUGUUCCCGCAACAGGACACGCACGCCACACUGCUCCGCAAACAAGCCAUGUCCAGCCGCUGGCCCAAUCACAUCGUAAUCAAGCCCAAACUGCCAGGGCAGAUACAAGCCGACUUUGGCGUCGAGGACUGCUCGCGCUAGUUUGGUAUAUGUACCCUCAAUUGAGGUCAUACCACCGGCAUGAAUCACAGUGGUGAAGUUGGAUGUUGCAAGAAAUUCAGUCAGCGAUGCGAGCGGCGUGGCUUCCAAGUCCAGUCCGUGAAGGCUGAUUUGAGGCUUAAUCAGCCAGGAUGUUUGUAGAGCCUUUUGCGCAUCUGUCGGAUUCUCUAGGCUUGAGGGUCGCAAUGCAAUUGUCAAUGUGCUGCCCUUGAUGUCCGUGAAGAUUGGAUGCUCCACGAUUGAGCUAAUAAUGGCCUGACCCAGCUCACCAGCGCCGAGCAGUAGGAUCUUGUUUGGUCGGUCGGUGGAGGAAGCAGAGGAGGGAGAGGAGGAUGCCAUGGUUGGUUCUGAGUUGAUUUAGCCAGCAGUUGUUGGUGAAUAGUGGAUGGUGGAUGAAUUAUGUGUCGUUGAUCGUAUCGAGCAGAAUGCCAU